AUGGGAAGACAUCCACUCAAGCGUAAAAUUGUAUCAGCGACACACUCCUCGCAUCAACAACACCACCAUCAACACCCACAACUGCGUGGUGCUCCACAACAAGUAAAUACAUAUGUUCCCAAUUUUCCACCAACAAAAUAUGGACCAUCACCAGCUACAUUAAAGAAUUUCCCUUCCUCCAUAGUGAAUGGAGUAACGUUAGAGAAUGGCCUUUAUUCGCUCACAUUUAAGUCGAUUGCUUGUGUGGAUUAUGUGGAUAAUCAAGAUAUGAUGAAAUCCACAAAGAGAAAAUUAGAAAGCGAUGAAAGUGAUAGAAUUGGUAAAUUACAAAAAGUCUUACAAGACGCUUUAGAGACUAAGCAAGUUUUGGGUGAUUUUGAACUGAAUUUAAAGGAACAAAAAAUUAUUGAUGAAAACAAAGCUAUAAUUGUAUCGAAUAAUAGAUUCCAUAGGGUAGAGAAACUCACUAUUCCUGACUUGAAGAUAGACAAAAUAGAAGAUGUAAAAAACCUCGACACGACUCCAUAUGAUAAAGAAAAUAAACAAGUGAGCAACCCGGGAGAAAACAAACAAGAAAUGAUAGAAGAAAAAGAAGAACCAGUUGGAGAACGUAUAGAACAAAAAGUAGAAGAAAACGUACCUGUAGAGGUUGUAGAAAAGGUUGAAGAAAAGACAGAAAUAGACAUCGAAGAAAAGGUGAAAGAAUAUGUAGAAAGCGAGUUAGAAGAAUAUUUAGUAACUCCACCAGUAUUAGGAGAAGAAUAG